AUGAUAAUUGAAAUAUUAUGGUAUUGUCUACCACUUUUAAUAGCUUUAAAUUAUAUUUUUGCUAAACGAACAAGUAAAGAUAAAAUUUAUAACAAAAAAGUUUUAAUUAUUGGGGGAGGAAGCGGUUUAGGAAGAUCACUUGCUUACAAACUUAAUGGCAGUUUUAACAAAGUUACUAUAACAUCAAGAAAUACAAAUCUAAUUGAAGAAGUUAAUUCUACAACAAAUUUUGAAGUAUUUUAUUGCGAUGUAUUUGAUGAUUCAUCUUUUGAAAAAACCAAAACUAAAUAUGAUAUUAUUUUUUAUUGCACUGGCCUUGCAAUUCCAGGUCCUGUAAAUAAAUUAAACGUAACGGAUUUUAAUAUUUGUGAAGGUACAAAUUAUUUAGGAAUGAUUAAAAUACUUAAAAACUAUGUUGAAUAUAACAUUAAACCAUUUGACUUUAUAAUGAUAGGUUCUACACUCUCAACAUUUCCAUUAAGAGGAUAUGCGGCGUACAGUCCUACAAAAAGUGCAAUGUUGUCAUUUUUUUACACAACAUAUGAAGAAUUUAGUAAAAUGGGAGUAAAACUACAUUUCUUUAGUCCACCAAACAUGCAAACAAGAGGAUUUGAAAUUGAAAAUGAAUCUAAGCCAACUUAUACAAAAACGGUUGAGAGUUUUUUUACUGUGUAUGAUCCCGAUGAUUGCGCAGCAUAUUUAAUACAAAAUUUUAGAAAUCGUAAAAUUAUUACAAUUGACUGGUUUACAUAUUUCUGUCACAUUAAAUUCGAAUGUGAAAAAGUUGUUGAUUAUUUUUGGUUUCCUGUAGCAGUAGUCGUUGUAUAUUUGGCAAAAACAACAACCAGAUUGCUUUCUAAAAUGUUUUAA